AUGGCCGCCGGUGCUUCGUCAUCUAAAUCUCCUGUCGUGGGUCCUUCGGCAAGCAGUCCCAAGAAACGAGAAAGCAGCAUGAUCUCAGAUCAAUCAAGCUCUCAGUCCCAAGAAACCUUAACUCCCAAUCAAAUCGAAAUCCUGAAGGCAUUUAGGUCAGAACUCGAGGAAGAAGGACAUCUCAAGCCGUCAGAAACUUUGGGGACAGAUGAUGAAACUCUCAUUCGGUUUUUGAAGGCAAGAAAGUUCGACCUUCAAGCGUCCAAAAGAAUGAUCACUCAAUGCUUGCAAUGGCGGCAUCAGUUCGAAGGCAUCGGAAUCGAUGGGUUGUACGAAGAAUUGGAUCCUUUUGACUUUCCAAAUCGAGAUCAAGUCUUCAAAUAUUGGCCAAUUUAUUUCCAUGGAAUCGACAAAGUUGGCCGACCGGUGAAUAUCCAAAUGUUUGGUUCCCUGGAUUUGAGUAAACUGUAUUCAGUCAUCGACAAGCAAUCGCAUUUCAAGGUCUUAGUAGCCAACUGUGAAGCCUUAACUCGAGAGAUUCUGCCGGCCUCAAACUCCUCCUCAUCUCAUUCCAGUGCAUCGCCUAAAAUCACUAACGCUUUUUGUAUCGUCGAUCUGAAAGGUUUCACUCUUACCCAGUUUUGGCAGAUCAAAAAUAUUGCUCGGACUUGCUUUAGUAUUUCUCAAGAUUACUAUCCUGAAACGAUGGGAUAUCUAGCAAUCAUCAAUGCGCCGAAGUCAUUUGCGACGAUCUUCAAAGCGGUUACGCCAUGGCUAUCAAAAGAGACGAUUUCGAAGAUCAACAUCCUAGGGGAGGAUUACAAGUCGACCCUAUUAGAACACAUCGAUGAUGAAAACCUGCCCAGUUUCUUGGGCGGAAAAUGCCAGUGUGAUAACCAAUUCAGCUGCUCGAAGAAUGAUGCGAAUUUCGAUCGAUCGCCUUGGUUGAAAGAACGCAACUGGAAAUCCCAAUCAUGGAAGAAAUUUAAUGUCCAAACUCCAGCUCAAGCGAAAGAGAGAAAUCCAAGCCCUCAAGCCGAUCCUUCUGCUUCAGUCUCCAAGUCUAAUGAUCUCAAGGCUAAUGAUCUUCAAACUCAUCCUCCUAACAAUACUCCUAAAAAUCUUCCUGAACAACAGAAUGAAAUCACUGAUGGUGGUGACACCUCAGAUGGCGCUUUAAUCAUCAACAACUCUCCCAAAUCGCCAACUAAAAAUAAAACCUAGUCAACUCUCAUCCCCACUUUGCUAAAUCUUUUUGUUUUUAGAGCUUCUCAUUUUCUUUUGGGGUAACCGCAUCUUUUUCUGUUGUUCUGUUAUUUUCCCAUCUAUUCUUUCCAUAUUCCAGUCGUUUUUUCCACAUCAGCAAUGUCCCAUUUCAUUUUUCCUCCAUUCAAGACUUCAACUUUUGCUCAAUUUUGUGGGGAAGAUUUCCAUCAUUUUUUUUUUUUUUUCAGGUUCAUUACUGCAGAUAUAUAUUGCUGUUUUUUUCUUACCUUCAUUUGAUCUUAGCCAGAGUGUUUUUCCUUCUGCCAAUGUUAUGUGUAUCUUCUCUCAUCCUGCUGUUUCCAAUAGAAGUAUACAUUCCAUUAGAAGCGCCCAUCCUGCCAGUAUGUUUUCUCGAGGAAAAUAGGAUCAGAAGCCUUCAUUUCUCC